AUGUCGGUCAUUGGGUCCUUGAUUUUCUGCACGGACUGCGGCAAUCUGUUGCGCGAGUCUACCGGCAACGAGAAUGCGAUUCUACACUGCUCUGUCUGCGGAGCUCGGAAUAAGGACACCAUCCCCCAAACCGUCGUCUCCGAGUCCAAGCCCUCUGCCUUUCCCUCCGCUUUGAGAGCCAAGCGUUCUGCGGUCCAGACUCUGUCCGCCGAAGAUCGCAAAACCGAGGCUGUCACACAACACACCUGCAACCGCUGCGGGAGAAAGGAGAUGUUCUACACCACCGUCCAGCUGCGCAGCGCUGAUGAAGGUAGUACUGUGUUCUACCGUUGUGUUUGCGGUUACAAGGAAACGUCCAACAACUGA